UCCUCCUCCUUCCUCUUACCUUAAUUCUCUUCGCCAACCUUUCUCCAAUUAAUUCUUUUACCUUUUCCUGUGUAUGUUUCUAAUCUAUCAAUUACCAAUAUAUUUUGUAACUCAAUUUUCAGAAGCAGAAGAACCAGUCAAAAGCCAUGGGAUUUGGCAACAAAGAAGCAUCAAAAACUAGAAAGCCACCAAUUUUACCACCGGCAAAAGAAGACACACCUCUCAUAACCAAACCGAAUAAUAAUAAUAAUAUUAAUGAUAAUGGUAAUCCACUUUCUUCCCAAUCCAAAACCUUUGCCAAUGUAUUCAUAGCCAUAGUAGGCGCUGGCGUUUUGGGUCUCCCUUACGCAUUUAAACGCACCGGAUGGAUCAUGAGCCUCUUAAUGCUCUUCUCUGUCGCUGCCUUGACCCAUUACUGCAUGAUGCUAUUAGUCCAUACUCGACGCAAGCUUCAAUCAUUGCCUGGUGAUUUUUCUAAAAUUAACUCCUUCGGCGAUUUGGGUUUUGCUGUUUGCGGUUCCGUUGGUAGGUUUGUUGCUGAUGUUAUGAUCGUUUUGUCUCAGGCUGGAUUUUGUGUUGGCUAUUUGAUAUUUAUUGCUAAUACUUUGGCUAAUUUGUUUGAUAUGAGUUCCCAAAUUAUCGGUUUGUCUGCUAAGAGUUUUUACAUAUGGGGUUGUUUUCCUUUUCAAUUGGGGUUAAAUUCUAUUGCUACUUUGACCCAUUUGGCACCUUUGAGUAUUUUUGCUGAUCUUGUCGAUCUUGGUGCUAUGGGUGUCGUCAUUGUAGAGGAUAUUCUUAUUAUGAUGAAAAACAGACCUCAAGUGAAUGCUUUUGGCGGCUUGUCAGUGUUCUUUUAUGGAAUGGGUGUUGCUGUUUAUGCUUUUGAAGGGAUUGGUAUGGUUUUGCCUUUAGAAUCUGAGAUGAAAGAUAAGGAUAAGUUUGGUGGAAUUUUAGGUUUGAGUAUGGCAUUGAUUUCAUUGCUAUAUGGAGCAUUUGGUGUAUUGGGUUACUUUGCUUUUGGCAAUGAAACUAAAGAUAUUAUUACUGCUAAUUUAGGUGCUGGGCUUAUUAGCAGUUUGGUUCAAUUGGGUCUUUGUAUUAAUCUUUUCUUCACGUUUCCUCUGAUGAUGCACCCAGUUUAUGAGAUAGUGGAGAGAAGAUUUUGGGGUGGUAGGUAUUGUUUAUGGCUGAGAUGGGUGUUGGUUUUGGCUGUAAGUUUGGUGGCUUUAUUGGUCCCAAAUUUUGCUGAUUUUAUGUCUUUAGUAGGAAGUAGUAUAUGCUGUGGACUGGGAUUUGUUUUGCCGGCUUUGUUUCACUUGCUUGUGUUUAAAGAAGAGAUGGACUGGAAGGGAUGGUCUGUUGACAUCGCUAUUGUCACCAUAGGUGUUGUUCUUGCUGUUUCAGGAACCUGGUAUGCCCUUAUGGAGAUUUUCUCUGUGAAGGUGUAGUUUGUCAUAGAAUUGUCAAUACAUCUACUGUGAAUUUAUAGCAGGUCAGGCAUACAUCCUGGCUGGUUAUACUUGUAGCUACGUUAUGAUAUCAGCUUUGUAAGUAAUUUUUCAUUCCUAAGAUGAGAAGAUAUUUUAUUUUAUUGAGAACAAACUGCAGACAAGGUUUUCUUUCU